CUGAACCCCGCUGGGUUUCACUGGGGAAUCCGCAUUCCUUCACCUGUGCACAGUAGUGCUGUCUGCUGUUUAACACUCCAUGACCUCUCGGGGAGGAUUACCUCUACCAUCUGGGAGCCCAAUGAACAUGAUGCGGGGACCAAACCCUGGAGCAUACAGACCCCCAAUGGGGCCUUACCAGAGACCAGGUAUGCUUCCAGGCUCCCGAAUGCCAAUGCCUGGCAUGCAUAUGGGCUCCCCCAUGCUUCCUCCAUAUGGUGGGGGUUCUCCUAUGAGACCUGCCAUGAAUCCAAUGAUUAUGGAGCCAUUUAGGAAGAGGCUGCUCACCCCAUCAGGACACCCUGGGCCGAGCCAUCGUAGGGGAGUAAAGAGAAGAAAGAUGGCUGACAAGAUCUUGCCACAGAGGAUCCGUGAACUGGUGCCAGAGUCUCAGGCCUACAUGGACCUCUUGGCAUUUGAGAGGAAGUUGGAUCAGACUAUAGCUAGGAAGCGGAUGGAGAUCCAAGAGGCCAUCAAGAAGCCCCUUACGCAAAAACGCAAGCUAAGGAUUUACAUCUCCAACACAUACACUCCAGCCAAGCCCGACGGGGAGGAGAGCGAAAGAGUCAGCUCUUGGGAGCUCCGAGUGGAAGGGAAGCUUCUGGAAGACCCCAGCAAACAGAAGAGGAAGUUCUCCUCCUUCUUUAAGAGUCUCGUUAUAGAGCUAGAUAAAGACCUGUAUGGACCGGAUAAUCACCUGGUGGAGUGGCACAGGAUGGCAACCACACAGGAGACAGAUGGGUUUCAAGUGAAGCGCCCUGGAGAUGUGAAUGUGAAGUGCACCUUGCUCCUGAUGCUAGACCAUCAGCCCCCGCAGUACAAGUUAGACCCUCGCCUUGCACGCUUGCUAGGGGUUCACACUCAGACCCGUGCCAACAUCAUGCAGGCUCUCUGGCUCUACAUCAAGACCAAUAAACUGCAGGACAGCCACGAGAAGGAGCACAUCAACUGCAACCGCUAUUUCAGACAGAUUUUCAACUGCAUGCGCAUGAAGUUCUCUGACAUUCCAAUGAAGCUGGCGGGUUUGUUACAGCACCCGGACCCCAUCAUUAUUAAUCAUACCAUCAGUGUGGACCCCAAUGACCAGAAGAAGACUGCAUGUUAUGAUAUAGAAGUUGAGGUUGAUGACCCUCUAAAGGGUCAGAUGAGCAAUUUUCUGGCUUCCACCACCAACCAGCAAGAGAUUGCUAACCUGGAUUCCAAGAUCCAUGAGACCAUAGAGUCUAUUAAUACGCUGAAGACCCAGAGAGAUUUCAUGUUGAGCUUCAGCAACGACCCUCAAGAGUUUAUUCAGGACUGGCUUAAGUCCCAAAGCAGGGACCUCAAGAUCAUGACGGAUACAAUGGGCAACCCAGAGGAGGAGAGACACACUGAGUUCUAUCAGCAGCCAUGGGCACAGGAAGCUGUGGGAAGACACAUCUUCUUUAAGGUGCAGCAACGGAGGCAAGAACUGGAGCAGGUUUUGGGGCUCCGUCUCACCUAAUCCUAAGCCAGAACCAGUAACCUAUACAUUCCAUAUUGUUUGUGUCCUUUCCCCCUACCCUGUCUUUAUCAACUCCACAAAGUCUUUAGGGAAGUUGUAAUUUCUCAGGUACGACAUUCCAAUCAACUCCCUAUGUUUUAAAUCACUGCCCCGUUUCAAGAUGCACCUUCCCUGUGCUCCAAAAUUAUAUUCCAGACCCUUAAAGGUUAAGAAAAAAUUAAGUGUCACCAACUGGUAAAUUCCCUGCUUGGGCUGUACCAUUUAGUGAUGCCCUCUUUACAUGCUGGGUUCAAUUAAGACCUGUAGUCUUGGACAUUUUGCAUGAGAAUUAGGCCUUUAAUGGUUUUUGCAUUGCAAGUGUGAUCCAGAACUUGGGGCAUUUGUCUAACCCAGCUUGCCAAGAUGGCAGUGUCAUCUGGUACAGCAGCACUGUAGGGAUGCUGCCAAUCGGAAUCAACUGGUGACUGGUGUCAAGUGGGAAAAGCCCCCCUACAUAAUCAGUAGGUAAUACAAAUUUGACUUUCCUUGUCCUUGAACGCCUUGUGGCCUACAUAUGGUUGCAUAGCAGGGGGCUGCCAUAUUGCUUGCGUCCAAUAGUUCCCUUAAGUAGAUCGGUAUAAAAUAAAGCACCACCACCAAUAAAUAGGCAGAUAAUCAUAUAAAGGAUGUGGUACACUAGGGCCAAAGCUGCUCCGAUACCCUACCUUCUUGCUCCAUGCCAUUUUAUUAAAUGAGAACUCAGGAAUCCCCCUUCCCCAAACAGUCCCAUUUAGGUGUGAGUGUAAGUCACUACUGGCAUGGCUUCUACCAAACAGAUAUUCUUGUUCUUGUAUGUUAACAUGUUUAUUUGCAAACACUAUUUGCACUAUAUGUUAUGAGGUGGGGGGGAGAGGUGACUGCUGUUUUUCUGCUUGGGGAGGGUAAAGAACUGCUUCAGCCAAAAGGAAAAUGUAGGCAUUGUUUUGGGUUCAUGUAUCCUUGUGCAUGCUAUAUUAUAUUUAAAGAGACUUUGCACUAGUUAAUAUCACCAGCAGCGGCAGCGUGCCUUCUUUGACAAAGAGCAUUACCUGGCAUUCUGCUCAGUUAGUCUAUAACCAGUCCUUUGUAUAUGGAAUGACCCCCUUUGACAAUAGGAUAAUGUCUGUGGGGACGGGGACGUGGGGUUGCUAUGAAUGUGAUUCAGGGGUAGCCGGGUUGCAGCUAAUAGCCAUAUGGUUUUAUUUCCUCAGGGCAAUUUUCCCAUUUAUCUAUGCAUAAAACCUAGUUUGGGACCAAAUUCACAUAUUCUGUGCCACUAAGCGUGCAUAUCAGGGGGUUUUUAAAGGGCAAGUGACACCAAUAAAUGAAAAUACACAUUCAUUCUACAAAAAGUAAUUUGGGGGCAGACCCUGAAUAUGUAUUUUCUAAGGCUACACUGAAGACAAUAAACUUUAAAAAAACAAAAUAUGGAAGUAAAUAUUUCAUUUACUGUUUGGUGUAGCUUGUCCUUUUAAUGUGGAAGAGUGUGCGCUAUAUAUGUUCUACAGUUUCUUAAUGCUUGUUAAAAUUUAUUGUUGACAGAUUGUAUACCAGAUAUUGCCAAAUUGUGUGUUGCAGCUGCUGCCGAACUACCCAGUAUCUGACGCUGGUGAGGCGUUGGCUACAGUUCUGCAGCAUCUAAAGAGUCACAGGCUACUUUAAAAAAAAAAAAUCUGAAACGAUCUUGCAAGUUAUUUGGAUGCCUGUGUGUCCCUGCCCCCUGCAAUAUGCAUUUUAAUCACACAAGCCAUGAUCAUACCUAUGCUGUUUACAGACAUAGCGCUUGGGGAGCUGGGGCUGAAUGUACUUCAACAUUAAAUGUUUUUGUUGGCACAAAUGUUUCAAUGUUUAAUAAAAAUAAGUUUUUUU